AGGCAGACGAGGCAGACGAGGCAGACGUGUUCGGCACGCCGAGGUGUGAGCCCGCGCAGCACACUGCGUGCACCCGGUUGGAGGCGGUGCGUGAGGCGGCCCCCGCGUGACAGUGCUCGGAGGCGGGCCACGGCGAUUCCGCUUUGACACCGCAGGAGUCAGGAACGCGCCACGAACGAGCAUGGCGCGUCCGGUGCGGGGAGGAUGUAUGUGAUCUUCCCGGCUGAGGAACUCAUUAAUAUCUCCCUGGGCGCCAGUCCGUCUGAGAAUCUGUCCGUCACUUUUAACAAGCGAGUCAUGGCUGGCGAAGUCACCCUCAAGGAGCUCACCCACCCGGCCCUCAACGAGGCCCUCAAGACCCACAACUCGGUCACUUUCAAGCUCGUCAGAACCGUUUCCGACUUCACUCAGCAGUUGAGUCAAAUUUAUGAGCAACACGCUGAGGAGUUGCAGCACCUGGUCGAAGGAUUCCGCAAGAAAAAUGCCGAACUACGCAAAGAAAGGCCAGCGUGUGCGAGCAGCGUGUUUCAAGCUUGGGAGACUCUGCUGCAGGAGGUGGAGAUCGACUCGCAGGCCCACAGCGACAUCGCCAGCAUCCUCGGGCGGCAGGUGUCGCGACCGCUGCUCGAGCGCUCCUUCUACCGCAAAAUACAAUCGAGAAAAGUGUUCACUCACCGAGAGAGUUACGACACCAUCCUCCAUAAAACGGAAGACAUGUUGACCAAGUGCCGACAAGAUUACAAAGCCGCAUUCCUAGCGUACAUGUCAUCGCCGAGCAAUGCGGGCCUGGCCUCCUACUUUGACGCUCACAACGCGUACGUGCAACAACUGCACGCCACCAACGGCAUGCUGGAGGAGUACAGCCAGCAGAUCCUGCCGCAGCUCCUCCAGGAACUCGAGGAGGUUUACUCAGACCUUUGUACCAUGCUGGCCGAGUCGGUGCUUCAAGGAGCGGAAAUAAUAUCCGCCAGGGCUGUGGAGCAAGGCCGGCGGUACGACGGGCUGGGCGCGCUGUGCCGCGGGGUGUCUGGUCCUCAAGACUUGGCCCACUUCGUCAGAUCUCUGCAGGCGCCGCCCCCGUCCAACAACAAACACAACUUCCUGCCCCCGCAGCCGCCUCAGCUGCCCACCCCCAGCGCCGAGGACGCCGCCGACGCGGGGGCUGCCGCCGCAUCCAACACUGGCACGGCGCCGAUUUUGCGUAACGAACUCUCGCUGGAGCGGCUGGCGUCGAUCCACCCCAUCAAGCCGCGCUUCGACGCGCUCAAGAAGGAGGCCAACGACCUGGAAACGCAGAUCAAACAACUCACCGAUGCGCUUGACAACCUCCUGCGAAUGCAACAAAGGAGUGUCGAGUCGAGUCUUUACAACAAGGCUAAUGAGCUGCAGGAGGACAUCAGUUUGAAGAGGUUCGACCUGCGGGUGGCGCAAAUCCAUCUGGCUGCAGUCAAGGCACAGAAAGAGUUAUUCGCCACGAAGGUGGAAAGCGGUGCCGAAACGUCUCGCGAGCGUAAAAUGUCCUCGUCGUCAACUGGAAGCAUGAAGUCCAAAUGGCUGAAGGCUUUCAAGAGCCUGAAAACGACCUCUGGAGGGGCGGCCGCGGCGCCGAAAGAACCAGAAAAGACGAGAGCCGGCACUUCGGAGCACGCCAGCACUUUGGACGAAAAGAAAAUGAGUCCGUCGACGUCCGCGUCCUCGACCGGGUCGGUCACGAAAAGGCCACCCACUCGUCCGGGCCUCUCGAAAAUCAACUCAAAGAACCAAAUGUACCAUGCCGUUUCCGCCAUCAUGUCGAUGAGGAAAAAUGGAAAGGAUGCUGCCGGAUUGGCCCUGCCCGAGAGCGGCGCUCACCUUUUCCAAGAAUACACAUACAAGAAAAUUACGCCGUGUGACGUCUGCUCCCAGGUGUUGAGAGGUCACACUCGGCAGGGUCUGAAAUGCCGGGUUUGCAAGAUGAAUGUUCACGUAGACUGCCAAGACAACGCGAAGAGUUGCCAGAGCAAAUCGCGGCUGCUGCGGAGGCAAAAAUCGACGUCCGAGAUCGAGACCAGGGUGAACCAAGAGCCGCCUCUGGACGAAGAAAAGCCGCAAGAGGUAGACCAGAUCUACCAGGUGCUGAAGCAGGCCGGCGAGAUCAGCGGCGCCGGGGGCCGCCGCGGGGUCACCCCCACCCCCGAGAGCCUGCAGCUGCAGCAGCCGCCACUGCAGCCGCCGCCAGCCGUGCCCGGGGGCUCGGCGGCUGGCAGCGUGGCCAGUUCGCACUCGUCGAGCGCCGCCUCGUUGCACAGACGCCCGCCGUCCUACAUGGGCAGUAGGCAUGCCUCCGUCCUCACCGUCAACGCACCCAACCCUGGAACUGCCUCCUCCUCAGCCGAGUCCGUGAUGGCCGACAAUAUGUCGCUGGCUUCUGGCACCGCGAUGGAGACCGCCUCGAGCACCAGGACCCGCCGCCGUCUCUUCGCCGGCAUGAAGAGUCUGUCGGUGUUUCACAGCCGCGCCAGCCACGAACGCACCCCACCUGGACACGCACACUCCAGAUCCAUCUCUCUGCCCGAGAGCCUGAGAACCACCCCGCGUACAAUUGAGCCAGGCACUGGUACCAGACCGUUCGGACAGCCUCUGGUACUUAGUCCUAGCAUCUCAGAAAACGGUGAUCUGGUCGAAGAGGCCGCUGCGAUUCCGUCUUCUUAUUCCCCCGUAAACCCUUACUAUUUCAACAACCACUACCACCAAAACAACCACCACCAUCACCACCACCAACAACAACAACAACAACAACAAUACCCGCCACAACAAAACGUGAGGCACCAGCAAGACUUGAUGGUGAUGGCCAAUGGGGGUAGAGUGCCCACCACCGCUCCACACAGCCCACGCAGACACAAGCUGAACCUCCGCAUGAAGUCCCUGUCUCUCGACUCGCCGGAGUCCACGGAGCACGUCCAAAGGCGACGUCACGUCGAAUGCGGGCCGUCCAGCCAGUCAUCGUCGUCGCAUAUCCAGUCGCACACCUCCACUACCAACAUCACGCACCACAGUUUCCCUAGGCGUCAGCGUUUGUCUCGAAAUAUUUCAUGGUCAACGCCCUCAAGUCCUGUUCACAACCGACGCCUGCUCAGCGCCAGGAACAUGCGGAUGAGUUCGGUCGAACUGCCUGACGACAACGAGAAGUCGCUCAGUUCGGCGAGCACGUCGCCCUGCCCGUCACCGAAACCUCAUCGACUGCUGCCCACCAACUUGUAUGUGGUGCUUUACAACUUCAAGUCACGCCACCCAGACGAACUUGACCUCAAGGCCGGCUACAAAGUCACGGUGAUCGACACCUCGGACGUUGAUUGGUGGCGCGGCAAGUGCUUGGGCCGGAUCGGAUUCUUCCCGUCCAAGUACGUAAUCCGUCUGCAGCCGGGCGAGAAGCCUUUGCAAGUCACCCAUAACCUGCAGGUGUCCGACGGUGACAACGGACUCAUGCUCCUCAGAGAUCAGAUUGUCAUUCAAGUGGGCGAAGAGCUGGACGGCAUGGUGAUGAUCCGCAGCGGGGACAACCGGCAAGGCGUGUGCCCGCUGAAAUUCCUGCAAGAAGUGUGACACCCCGAGCUACCCCCUCCGCCGACGCUGGCAGGCACAGCGUUGCAGCCCUCGACCCUGGUUGUCGCUCGACCUCCCCAAAGUGCUCUAAAUGUGAUGAUGUUGCAACUGCUUGGAAAACAAGCAGCCUCCACUUCUUGUGUCUGCUGAAAUUCGUAUUCAAUUUAUCGUUUUGUAACAACUUCUCGCAUGUACUGUAUAUGUAUAUCAUAAGUGUAGUCGGCUUUUGUUGAGAGCAGAGAAAUAUUUCAAGAAAAAUCGCAGGAUUAGGUUGUCUUUCUUUUCGAGAGUAUAUCGUAGCUUUUAAGCCAACGCGCACUGCUUCUUUUUCUCCAUUGACAAUCAAAAACGAGAUGAAUCUAGUCUGACGCGUAGAAAGAUUUCUCCUGCAGCAGAAAGAAAUUUUCCUCAAACACUGCACUCACAAGUACACGUCCUCUGCUGACGCGAAAGAGAGGCGGACGCGGUUUCUAAAGAGAAAAAAUUCACAGGGUGACACCAGGGUGACCACACACAACUUUUCUAUUUUGAAAAAUGGAGAAAAUAAACGCACUCUAUACUUAUUCGAAAAAGAGGAAUCCAGACGCUUUACAUGGAUUUUAGUUUCUUCGUGCGGCUAUGAUGAAGCAGCAGACGCCUCACAAACACACACACUAUACCAAUUAAUUAAACUGUACACAUUCGGGAGCCAAAUAAUAAUAAACACACACGCAAUUGUUGUUCUGUAAUUUAUUAACACUAAAAAAAUGCUUGGAUCAAAAUGUUGGAAUUUGCUGUUUGCGUCAAUGGUUGGUUUUUAAAGCCGAAAACAGGUGGCACAAUUGUCUAUUUUAAAGGUUUAUUUUCAAACUGACUUAAAUUUUAAAAAAAAUUAAUUAAACUAAAGUAAAUUUGAUUUUUGAUUCAAAAUUUUUCCCCUAUUUAAAUGUGCUUCAACCGAUAAUUAUCAGUUAAAAUCAGAGUUUAAAUGCAGGAAAAUAAUUAAAAAGAUGUCCUGGAGACAAUAGCAUAAUUGAAAUAAAAUUCACCAGUCGCGAAAGCCUUCCAACAGAUUGCACCACCAUAUACUUUCGUAAUAAAUUUAAUUUAAAGGAAUUUUCGCUGCGAUUUCAAACUCUAUCCAGCUACUGUCCAUUCUUCACUUAAUAUGCUCUCCUUUGACGUGCUGAAAACCAAAAUCAAUCCAGCCACUCGCCGUAGAAACGUUGGGAACGAUUUUAUAUUUAAAAAAUAGCUUUUCACGAUUCUUCGGCGAAUGGCUUAACCGAUUUUGGUUUUCAGCACGUCAAAAGAAAGCAAAUUAAAUGAAGAAAACACAGUGGCAAGAUGUAGUCUGAAAUCACAGCGUAAUAGCCUUAAAAUUAAAUUUAUUACGAAAGUAUACGGUGGUGCCAUCCAUUGGCGGCUUGUGAAUUAAAUUCUAAACAUUUUUAAACUGUUUAUUUCAAAGGAAAUAUUGUAACAAAAAUCAAAUAAACGGUAUAGUGCCACCUGUUGGGAUUUGAAAUGAAAGCAAUGGACGCAAAUGGCCGAUUAGUCGUAAUUAAUUGAUUAAUUUUCUUGGCGCUUUGGUAAUACACACAGUCGCUUCUACUUGUAUGCAUUGGUAAGAUUUUUAUAUAUUAUUUUUCUUACUGUUCAAACGGCUCAGAAAUUAGGGUGCUGCAUGAAUUCGGUCAGAUUGUUUAAGUGUAAUAUCUGUGAUAAAAGCGAAACAAUUAAAAAGCUAAUUUCUGGGCUCGUGGUGAAAACAAUAAUUUGGUUUCGAGAUGUACCCUAGCUCUUCUUGUAAGCGAGUCGUAACUAUGCUUUUAGGCCGUUGUCAAAAAUGUGUAUUAAGUAAGCUAAUAUGAAUUGAUGGGAUAAAAAAAUUUGGUGCAGAUGAAAGAAAGAAAAUGUUCCAUUUAUAAUUAUUGUGCGUUCAGUGUUAAAACAAAACGUGUCUUCUCUGUACCUACUUUUUAUGUUCGGAGCACGAUAUCAUGUGUUCUUUUUGUUCAUACAAAUGAUUCACACAUUAUUACAUUCCCCAUAACCCGAGAGUAACUUGGAUUUUAAUUAAAAUAUAUUAUAAUGCACGAUAAAAUUGGAACGCAGAUUUGGCUACAAAAUAAUAAUUGUGCGAAAGGAAGAAUAUCAUAUCACUCUAGGAGAGAAAACAAACAAACAAACAAAGCCUUUUUGUUCGAUUUUGCCGCUUGAUUUUGCGCCUUUUUACUGUCAUGGACGAGACCGAUCUCCAUGGCUAAGGAUAUAACAUCAAAAAUUGCUAAGAACGCAAAACUUCCGCCGCUGCUGCUCGUGUUACAUAGCUCGUGAGUGAACAAAACAAAACAAAAAUACUAACUAACGUAAGGAUUUGAUCGCAUAUAAUCUGUCUAAUCGAAUCAAAUUAUAAAUUAUUUAUAGCAGUGAUGGCCAAUCGUUGUAAUGAUAAGCUGGAAAAUACACACGCGCGCACGCCACGCAGAAUCAAGCUUUAAAUGGGGCCAAACUCGACGCAUCAGACGAAUUCUCAUCCGCACCGCCGCGUAUAUAGCAGAGAGAGAGAUUGAGAGAGAGAGAGAGAAAGAGUUGUUUAAAAAAAAUAGCACUUUGUAUACACCUGUAGUUGGUAGGGCCUUUUGACGAAAUUAUUCAGCUUUUCACAUUCGCCGCGCGUGCGUUUUUUUAAAAAAAAGCAAGCAAAUGAGUGUGUGUUGGUUAAUUUUCUACGCAUCCAGCAGCGAGUGCAACAAUUUGAGAUCAGUUCCUAAGUGUCUUAAAUUUUUGUAACACACGAAAAAGACAAGGAUUUGCGUUUCCUCCGUUGAGAUCAAUGUGCACUUUUAAUUAUAAUCGCGACACACGUGUGAUUGAACAAAUAACUCAGUGUAAAAACUCUUUGUGCACUCGGCAUGAUUAAAUAAAUCGGAAAAUUCGACAUUUAGGUAAAUUGCAGUGCUUAAAAGUGAGAUUUAUGGCGCCAGGAAUAAUUUUAAUUUAAUUUUUCCAACGGGGGCUGGAUUCACGCGACGCGCAGAUAUGGCGGGAAAGUUACAAUUUCUUUACUUACAGCUAAUUAGCCCGUUAAUUGGCCAAUCGACCGUUAGGUGGCACAUCAGGCUAAUGGAAAUGUAACAAAUUACGCGGGAAUGAGAUUAUUAGGUCGGCACGCCUCUUUUUCAACGCUUCUGAUUGGUCGCUGGACUGUCUCUUGAUUGGCCGCCAUUAUUUCGACGCCAUAUUGAAUUUCUGACUGGCGGAAACCAACGUAGAUUGCAACCCGGUCCCCGUUGGGAAUUUCGACUGCGCAGAAGGUUUUAAUUUGGGUCACGCAUGCGCAGUGACGAAUUUUAGGCUCCCUGUGAGAUUAAGAAGCGAUCUGAACAUACUGCGCAUGCUUCAGAUGCGCAGACGUUUACUGCGCAGCUUCAAAAUGGGUGACUUCUGACAGGCGGGAACAGACACUGAUUGCAACCCGGCCCCCGUUGAUUUAUCCCCUAAAGAUGUGAGAAACAGCUGAAAUUGAUUUAAAGAUCACUCUCAAGUUCGGUUUAUUUUAAUUUCCCGUAAUUUCAGCAACAAUUAAAAAUUGGCGCCAUUUUUGCUGCGUUUUAGCACUAAACAAUUUACAAAAUUGCCAACUAAAUAAUAAUUGUUCAGCACUAUAUGCCAAAUGUGAUCCGCUACUCGUAUGAAAAUAGUUGUGCAAAAAUUCACACGGAAGAAAAUUAAUUUAUAAUUAUGGAUGUCUGCCAAACAUUAAUACUUGGUGUCCAUAUUCACGAAGAUGAAAUCUCACUGCGUAAUUUUACUACAUGAAUGUGCCGCGCGAGGGAGCAGGCCGCGAUAAGUGUCGUUUGUAUUAUAAAGAGUGCCGAGGCAGCCUGGAAAACGCAGCUUUUCGAGCAGCAACGAGAAAAUAUUAUAUAAUUUAUUUGUACGCGGAUUGCCGGCUCGUAAAACGCGUUUUUCCAGGGUGGCUUGAAACUGUCAGUCACUGUCACGCAUAUUGUAUUAAAAUAUAAAUGUUGAUUACCACACAUGUGUGUAAACACGGGACGAAAUGCGGAAGUAAAUAGAGUAAAAACAUUACGUAUCUAUUUGUAGCAGAAAAACACGAAAACUUUUAGAAGCAGAGGCGAAAUCUUACUUAGGCGUAAAAAAGCAAGGUUUUGGUGCGUCCGAGAAAUGUGCUGGAUUGGUUCGGAAUUCUGUAAUAUUAAUUUUAUUCCCCGUUUCAUUUCGACACUCACUUUUGAAUAACGUAAGGGUUUUCAUUGGUUUCUGACGAAACACACGCGAGUGAAUUGAUUUAUUUCUUAUAUAUGCGCAGAUCAUAUAUGGAGAACAUUAUAAGCGGGAAUAUUGUUGAUACGCAUGUUGAUAUUUACAAUAAAAGUAUUUUAAAAUGCA